AGCUCGGCUACGUGGGAAGAUUCGCUUGGGGCGUGGCUACACGAGGACCGUUACAGUAGCGGAUCAAUCAGGGGCAGCGGGCAGGGCGAAGAACGGGCUGUGUGCCUGGGGAUGUCUCCGAUCAUUAUAUUUUCCAGAGGUAGCAAGAUGGCGGCGCCGAAAGGGACGGUCCCGGGAGUCGUGGUCCUCCUCCUCCUUCAGGGUUGCACAGUGAUGACGGUGGACUUAUAUUCCUCCAAUACAAAUCCAGAAGUGCAGGAAUUUCAGAGGGUGGAGCUGUCGUGUGUGAUCAAACAAACGAACACAGGCAACCCGCGCAUUGAGUGGAAGAAGAUCAAUAACACUGGCACCUCUUAUGUCUAUUUUGAUGGUGUGAUUCAAGGAGACCUGAAAGAUCGGGCUGAAAUCAAGGGUAGCAGUUCCCUGGUUAUUUCCAAUACCAAGCGGACAGACAACGGGAAGUAUCGCUGUGAAGUUGCAGCAGCUGAUGAUCUGAAGAGGUUUGCAGAAAUCACUAUCACCCUGACAGUGACAGUGAAACCUGUGAUUCCCCAGUGCAGAGUGCCCAAAUCUGUGCCUGUGGGUAAAUCUGCUGCUCUGUAUUGCCAAGAAAAAGAGGGAUACCCCAGUUCUGUUUAUAGAUGGUACCGUAACGGUGACGCACUGCCUGUGGACUCCAAGACGAAUCCAAAGUUCCUGAAUUCCUCAUUCACUGUCAAUACUAAUACUGGUACCUUGAUGUUUGCUGCAGUGAACAAAGGAGACAUGGGACAGUAUUACUGUAGUGCCACCAAUGCAGCAGGUUCUGCCUGGUGUGAAUCACAGCUUCUAGAAGUUUAUGACUUGAAUAUCGGUGGCAUUGUUGGAGGAAUCCUGGUUGUGAUAGUGGUGCUUGUCCUCAUCACAGUUGGGAUCUGCUGCGCCUAUCGGAAAGGUUACUUUACAAACAACAGCAGGCCCAAUGGUCAAAGUCACAAGAACCCUUCAAAAACAGACGGUGUAAACUACCUACGGACAAGUGACGAGGGAGAUUUCAGGCACAAGUCUUCGUUUGUGAUUUGAAAAUAUAUAUAUAUAUAUACUUAAUAUCUAAGAGUCUUUGGGGAAAGGCACUGAAAAAUUGCACUGCAAAGGGUGAAGACCACACAUCACAACGGAUCCUUUGAAUUUUGCCAAAGUAUAACAUGUCUACCCUCCGCCGAAAAAAGGACAUCCUCGGCUUCUUAAGUGUGGGAACCUUUGUGGCUGUGCGAUGGGGGUCAGAUUGUUGAACUGUUAAAGGGUCUGCAUCCGAGUCACAGUAUUAAUGCCAACACUGCCAAAUACGUAAAAUGCUAUUUUUUAGAAGCUGACAGAAAAUCUGACGACAGCGCUGGAGGUGUUUUUUAUAACCUUUUUUUAUCUUGGACGAGGAGAGAUUUCUCUGUUUUUUAACUGUUUCUUUUGGAAUCCAAAGCACAGGAGCUUCAGCAUUGAACAAACCAUUUUAAAGUGUUACUGUCACCCGCUUUGUGCAAGAAAUGAGGUGGAGUUCUAGCUGCUCCUCUCAAGCACAGAAAGGUGGUGGAGAUAUUUGGGUUUGGGGCACUAGAUGUUUGUAUCUGAAUGUAAAUAAGUUUCUGAUUCUCCUACAGUUAGACGGCUGCAGGUCAAGGAUUUAGCUUGUCUCCUACAAUACAUUGGGUUUUUAGCCUUGAAACUGAACUGAAAUGAAAUUUUGCCAGGUAUCUUGCCCUGCUGAAGUACUCGCCAUUGUGUCCAGCUGAUCCUCCUCUGUUCACAUUUGGCUGCAGGAGGUUGGUUGCAGGGUGGGAUCCCUAUUGGCUAGGAGAACUAUUUUAUAUACGUGUUAGUCCUGCAGUAUUUGAACAUACAAGUGUCAGUGUGUGGUGGACGCUUUGUAACCAGAUUGAACAUAAUACUGAAAAUAAGUGCAUCACAUCUGUAUCAUUGUCAUUGUUCUUUGCUCAUAUAAAGCCAAGAAACUUUCUUCUC